GUGGUUGGAAAUAUAAAGUUUAUCAAUGCGUUAUAAAUCGUUUUGGAUAGCAGUUUGACCUGAAGGGGAGGGGUUACAGUGCAACAGUUUUGUCCAUAUAAAGAGAAAAUUAUAAUGAAAAAGAAAGCCAUUAAAACCCAAUUUACAAACUAUUUAUGGUCGCUAAAAGUCUGGACAUCACCUCUAAAAGGUUAAUUUGCAUCACACACCAAACUAAGCAGUAAAAUAGUGCAUUUCUAAACUAUAUGAGGCAGAGAAACAGUACUUUUCUAUAAUCGCUAUUACCGUUAGCUGCUGUAUGAUCAGGUGGUAGUGAAUCAUCAUUCGGCUUUGUUUUUGUUAACUAUUAUAUACAAGCCUUCCUCUCUUAGGCUGAACUAGACUUCAUGGUUUUGUCAGUUAUGAAAAAAACUGGCUUUGCACAGAUGGUAGCGAUUCUCGAGCUCUGAUUGGUCGCAACAGCCGGGCACGAGGUGAGCUGCGCGCUCAUUGGCAGGUGUCAUAACGGGUGAGCUGAGGGGGCGAUGCCUUAAAAGGCCAGCGACCAGGAAGUUGGGAGAAAGAAAGAAAGAAAAAAAAAAUUAGCGCGUCCAUUCUCAGCUCCUCCUCCCAUGUGCUGCAGACCAGAAAACAAAUGCAAGUGGAGGCGUAGGUUCAUGCUAUACCGUCUACUGCCUUAUUAAUGUCUCUCAGUGCCAUCUGUUGUAGGCCUGCUGUAUCCCUGCCUUGACAGCCAUUUGGGAGAGCCGCACAAGUUCAAGAGGGAGUGGGCCAGCGUCAUGAGGUGCAUCGCAGUGUUUGUCGGUAUCAACCAUGCCAGUGUUAAACUAGACUUCGACAACAACGUGCAGCUCUCCCUAACCCUGGCAGCCUUGUCCUUGGGCCUGUGGUGGACCUUCGACCGGUCCAGGAGUGGCUUUGGCCUGGGCAUCACGACUGCCUUCCUAGCUACUGUGAUCACACAGCUGCUGGUCUACAAUGGAGUCUACCAGUACACAUCUCCAGACUUCUUGUAUGUACGCUCCUGGCUCCCAUGUAUAUUCUUCUCAGGUGGUGUUACAGUGGGAAACAUAGGACGCCAACUUGCCAUGGGUGGUGUUGAGAAACCCCACAUGGACUGAACAGAAAGAAGACAGAAAACCAGGCGAAGGAAACCCAAUGCGAAAAUGGACUAGCUAUGUGAAGAACGAGGAGAAUAACAGGAGAGAAAGGACUCAUUGUUUUGACUUCAUCCGUUGUUCUCAUAACAAAGUGUGGGUCAGAAAAGCCCCUCAUCUAACGUGCCAUGUCCUCUGCACCUCCUUGUGGCCAAACAACUUCUCCCUCCCACCUCUGUUGUAUUAGCAUUAAGGCUCACUUGACUUUUUUUUUUUUUUUUUUCCUUUUUUUUGAAGUGAACUGUUAACGGGUUUUAUUUUCACGCUGGAAGCGUGUAUCUUCCUGCAGUUUAAGGAGUGCAAGCGCGUGCCUGUGUGCUUUAGCAUGGAUGUAUCUUGGUCUUGGCAGAGAAGACAUGGAGGGGGUGCUCUAAUGUCUGGGUUUUUUAUUUUUUAUUUUUUUCUUUAUUAGCCCGAAUUUAAUAUGAUCAUAAAAGGGAAAUGAUGUAUGUGUUGGAGAAAAACUUUUCACUCAUACAGAAAUGUAUUAAGUGGCAUCACGGUUGCACAGGGGAGAUGUAUGUUCCCAAUCAAACCAAAUUAAGUAUUUAUUUUGCGGAUUUUUAAUGACCCCAUACCAAACGUACUGUAUGUUUGAUAAUGAAUGAUGAUGCCAAUUUUGAAAGAUGGUUUGAUAUCUUGUUCGCUUUUCUUGCUGAGAGUUAGAUGAGAGGAUAUCGAUCUACUCAUCUUAAGUGGAACUAAUUCUUUCACGCGUCUAUGAAACACAUUUUAGAGGACGUAGAUGAAGAGAAGAGACACAAUGUAUGGAAGUGCCAAUUAGUUUACUACCAAUCUGUAUUGGCUAACAUUCAUUUGUAUAUGAGGACUUAACACUGUUAAGGUAUUUGAAGCAGAAAUGCAAACUACUUAUGCUAUUCAUCAUAAGUUUUAUUUACCUGUGAACAGUGUCAUAUUCACAGCCAUCGGUCAGGGCAAGAUCCCAUUGUAUUUUUUAGAAAACUACUCUGAGACCUUCAAGUGUGUUUUCGCGUCUGUUUCUGGGAUGUUUCAGACAUGCAGAGGAUUGUUUUGUAAGAAAGCAGGGAGAAGUUCGACAUCCAAGUAUUGAUCUGGACUGAAACAAAUGCCAGCCACGUUCAUAUUUUGUUUUGUUGGGUUUUUUGGUAGCAGACUGAGAGAAGCCACCAUGGUGGACCAUGUUCUGAAAGAAUGUACCGGGAGUAUACUACAACUACUUUUGCCAGCAUCUAUGGUUACUGUGAAACCAGUUAAAAAACUUUCCAGUGCAUUUUUACCUUUGUGACCACGUGUUAAAUGUCUUGUAGAAUGGACCCUGUGAUUCCCAUCGGGACAAACAUUGUACCACAUUUCCGACUUUGAAUUACAUCUUCAAACUAGUGACGAUAGUUUGGGAACAUGCACCAGUUGAAAGAGAGGGGGAGGACAUUAUUACUUAAGAUUUGCAAUCUGUGAUUGCCUGUGUAUUAUAGAAUGUAGUGCUUUUGUCACUAUAACAGUUUAGUUUUAUCAUUUGUACAAACAUAAUGACAUUACUGCUUGUAUGUAUAAUGGCUUGCCUAUGUAAUCAGACAGGUAUAUUACCAUACUAGACCUACAGUAUGUUAGUGUUUGGGGGUCUAGAGGAUUAAGUGCAAUCAGAGUAUAUACAUGAGCCGAUUAUUCUUCCUUAUUUAUUAUUAUUUCUGACAAAGGCUAAAUAAAAAAGUAUAACUUGUAAGUAAAUGCAGUGUGGAUACUUCAAAAAAAAAAAAAAGCAAUAACAUCUCUGUUUUUUUUUUUAACAAGAAUUGUCAGAGAUUACAUGCCUUUUAGAGUCAAUGCCAAUGACUCUCAGAGACAUCAUAAAAAGAUAUAUUGUGUCAAACUGUUUUAAAAAUCUCAUUUAGUAGCAUUAUCAAAGGAAACCUGAUUUAUUUUUUUAAAGACUUUUAAUGGCAGAUCACUUCAGGUUCAUCUGCUUAUAUAUUCAGGUGUACUAAACUGAAGAGGAAGCUUUAUUUUUUGAGGUGGUGAAGCACCUAUUGUUUCAAUGUUUAGAGUUUUUGUGUGUGUCUGAUAUUUCAGCUGUGUAUCAUUUUUGCUACCUUGGACUUAAGUGA